AUGGCUAUAGAAGACUGGCUUGUAUCCUCCAACUUCCUCUUCUUCUUCGGCCCGCGGCGUACCGCAUAUGUUCGUGUCCCGGGAGCUCGACCGAAAAACAGAUUGCCCGCAUCCCUUGCAGUGCACAGCAUCUUGGAUAAAGGCGGAAGAGCGGCGUGGCUAGUGUACCCACCGAUUCAUGACGAGUUCGACGAUAUCGCCGAUCCGUCCUUUUGCUAUGGGGAUGACAGAAGCAAUUUAUCCCAUUUAUCGAGAUGGAAAGCGAAGUUUAAGUUACCGACCAUACACUUCUCCGAGGCGACUGAGAAGGCCUAUCCAGACUUGGCAUCAUGGGUGCAGGAAUGUGGUGCUCCUGAAUGUGUUCAUGUCUUCGCCGAUAAUGAUGGGGGGUUCUGA